GCUUCGAAGAUCGAAGACAACGAAGAUUAGAUUUCUUAGAGUAAUAGCUUAAAAUGUUGUUUACUUUAGGGAAAAAUGCGUUAAAAUUCGUUAUAGAGAGGUUGUCUCUGUUUUUCUAGCUCAUUAGUGCUUGAAGAAUUUCAAAUCGAAGCAAGAAAGACGAAAAUUUUGAAAUUUUCAUUUCUCUUGUAAAGAGUUAUGAAAAAAACUGGAUAGCAAAACCGACGUAUUCAAAAUAAGUAGGUUGAUUAAGAAAUUCUGGUGUAAAUGAACGACGUUGUAAAUAUUUACGAUCGCGUAGACAUAAUAGUUUAAUUUUAUUGCAAUGAGUUCAAAUUAUGUACGAGUCAGCGAAGAUACCGGCGAAGAACCGAUCGAGCUGCCAGUCGAACAAGAUGAUACAUUGCUGCUGUCUACGGUAUCAGCUCAAUUUCCCUGCGUUUCGGGAUUAAAAUACGCUGUCGAGAAUUACUACAGAGGAGUUAAGCUCUGCGAAGGACGUCUUUAUCCUCCGGAUGGAUAUUGGGGUAAAACGGUGUACUACUGUGUGUUCCCUAAAGAGAAUAAAAGGAAAUGCAACGAUAGCCCGUCUAAUUUUCAAAUCAAAACGAAACGAUUCGAAGCGAACUCUUCGAUUGAUCUGAUAGUCUUAGGUUUACCUUGGCAGUUGACUGAAAUACAAUUGAGAGAAUAUUUUCAAACGUAUGGUAGCGUUAAGAUGGCUAUGAUAAAACGCGAUCAAGUUACCGGGCGAUCGAAAGGAUUCGGAUUUAUCAGAUUCGAUCAUUACGACAGCCAAGUGAAAGUUUUAUCGAAGAGACAUUUCAUAUCGGGACGUUGGUGCGAUGUUAAAAUACCCGACUCCAAAGAAGGAUCAGACGUACAUAUCCCGUGUAAAAUAUUCGUCGGCCGAAUCAGCGAGAAUUUAACGGUGGACGAUUUACGGGCUUAUUUUAGUCAAUUCGGCGAAGUAACCGAUGUUUACAUACCAAAGCCAUUCAGAUCUUUCGCAUUCGUCACGUUCGACAGUCCAGACACAGCUCAACAUUUAAUCGGCGAAGAUCACGUAAUCAAAGGCGUAUCGGUACACGUCUCCGAGGCAUCGCCCAGGUACUCCAACUCGAGAACCCAACGUCAACGUAAUCCUUUCUGGCAAUCGACCAAGUCUACCAAUAAACACCAGCCUCCGGUAGACUCGAACGCGGUCGCUUUGCUUUCAGCUAUAGCUGGUAACCCAUCUGUGCUCGCAGCUGUCAAUCAAAUGGGCCUAAAUUGCAAUAAAAUGCCCGCUAAUAAUCCUAGAAACCAAAAAUGUGAACAGUACGGAUACGCGGAACCGUCGCAUUUCAUGUACCAAUAAUUUAUUUAAUUUUUUAAAUGGCGAUGUCGAGGGAGUUUUUUUUCUUAUUGGUUUUUUUAAUUCGUAUACCAAUGUACCUAUUUGUGAUAGUGUAUUUUUUCUGUUAGCCGAAGUGUUUUUAAAACAUCACAUUAUUUUACAGGUGUUAUUUCGAUGUACGUCUUUUUUUUUGUUUAUUGUUUUUUUUUUCUGUUCCAAAGGGGCUCGUACGAAGGAUAAAAUUUCAAUUUACGUACUGCCAGUUCUUAUGUAUGAUUUUUUUUCUCUGUUUAUUUUUACAUUUAUACGUCUUAUUAUGCUUUACGAUGAGAGGAACGUGCGAGCAUUUUUUUCAAGUUGCUCUGCGAUUUCCUCGUCCUUUGUUUCUACGUUUUUUUUCCUGUUAUUUUACGCUAGAGUGUGUAUUAAUUUUAAGGCGAAUAUAUAUCUCGAAAGGUUUAA